AUGGCGCAGCCCCGCACCCCCGUGCCAGGCUCCAAAGAGAAGGGGCCGACGCUGAGCUCCCGCCUGGUGCACAAAGCCUUUCUAACCGAAGGGGAUAGUCCAUGCGCACCGGUUAGACUGGAGGAGGCGGCGGCUGCGGCUCCCGGCCCCAAGCGCGGGCGGCAGCCGCGCCCUCCGGGCCUCGCGCCCUCCGGGCCUCCCGCCCCGCCGCAGGAGCGGCCCCAGGGGCCCUGGCCGGCUGCCAGCGGAUGCGGCGCCACUCGCAGCCUCGCCGGGCGGACACUCACAGGUGCUGGAGCCGUGAGGGGCGACCAACGUUCCGCAGCGGAGGUGAUCUCGGCAGCCCGGCGGGAGGCGAGAGAUCUGGGCUGUGGGCGCUGCGCCCCCGCCGCGGAGCCGGCACUGCGGCGCGCCCGCCCGCCCUUUCCCGCGUCGCUGGCCAAUGCGGGCCGCGCCAGGAGCCGGCUUGAACCAUCUGUUGCGAGGCGCCUCCCCCAGCCCCUUGCCGGGGGCUCCCGCCCAAGCGCAGCCAAGGAGGGGCAAGCCUGCAGGGAGCCCGCGGCCCCUGCAAGGAGCUCUUCGCCCGGUGCGUCUCGGGGGCUGGGGCCGAGCCCUGCCUCUUUGUCGCCCCCCAGGAAUCGCCCCGUCCCACGGCUGCCGCUUCUCCCUCAGCGUUCGGCUCCCCUCACAACGCGCUCGGCGCCUCAGGAGUGCCAGGUGGGGCAGCGAGAGGAUCCGGGAUGCCAGGGAGCAAAAGCUUCAUGUGAGACUGAUCCUCCUCAGCAACAACAAGCAAAGGGACGAGGCAUUCGGAGAGCAGAGCCACUCCUGGGUCGGUUCCCGCCGCCCCGCGGAGCCGGGAGCGCUGAGGGGCCGGCGCUGCCCGCGCUCCGCGCCGGGGGCGAGAGAACCGCGGCUCUGCCGGCCCCGGCCCGGCCCCGGGCCUCUCCGCACACACUCCCUCUCGGCGGAGCGGACCCGGGCGCGGGCACUUCCACAACCUGCGCCCCGCCGCCCUCGCAGCCCCCUCGCAGGGAGGAGCCGCCGGGAGGAGCCGCUCCGGCCGCCCGCCCGGCCCCGCCGUGCCCCCGAGGGCGCUCCCCAGCCCCGCGGUGCCACUCACCGACUGCAGGAAGCGGAGGGUCCCCACGUAGUCGCGCUCGGUGCUGA